GACUGAUUUCAGAUUUUCCCCUCGGUGGUGGAGCUUUUUGCAGUUGAUGUUGUCGGCGGCGGGGUGGGGGUGCCGGGGUAAUUUUACUGUUAAGGCUGCGUGGUUUGACGUGUUGCCCCCUUGUGUUGCGGAAUGGGGUGGAGCCAGGCCAUCUCUUUGCCCCCUAAAGAUGGCGCGCAUCUAAAUAAGGAACUGCGCCCAGUGGUUGCAGCUGCACCUGGUUGUCCCGUUCCAGUGCACAGCAAGUCUGUCCUGGGAAUGUGUUUUGCCUAAUUGUAAAAGAAGUUGACCACGAAAAGGAUUAAGUGAAAAUGGCUACAUCUCUUCCAGAAGGUUUUCAUUAUGAGACCCGAUAUGUUGUCCUUAGUUAUUUGGGACUGGCUUCGCAAGAAAAUAUUCAAUUAUCGACAGGGACGCAAUCAAUGGAAAGGAUUCCUUUGGAACCUGCUGCAGCUGAGAAAAUUAAGAUAGAAAUAGAAGAAGAACUUAAACUACUGCAUGAUGAAAUCAAUAAAGCCUUUGCCAGUACAGGAUUUGAGUGCCACACUUCUCCAGUAUUUAGUCCAGCAAAUCCAGAAAGCUCGAUAGAAGAUUGCCUGGCUCAUCUUGGAGAGAGAGUAUUUCGGGAGCUUACUGUACAGGUGCAGGGAGCGCUGCAAAAUAUUCUUGCUAAACCCCUGGAGUAUGAGCUGUACAAAGAACAGUUAAAUCAACUCGCCAGCCACACCAGUGGGUGGAAUAAGGUUCUGAUAUCCCUAGUGCUAUUAAGGCAAUUACUAACCAGUAACAGCAAGCCAUCUCUAAAGACAGUGGUGGAACUUGGAGUAAAGUACAUUGAGGAGACAGAUGCUGAUUAUAUCAUCCAACAAGGAGGUUGGGGCACUAUUUUCAGUCUUGAUUUGGACGAGGAAGAACGGGGAGAAACAGUGGAUGAUAGCAAUGAUAUUUAUAUCUUAACUAGUGACAACUCUGGUCAAGUAAGUCCUCCUGAACCGCUCACUGUUACCAGUUCCUGGCAGGCAGCUAGCUUGCCAGCAUCAUUGUCUACUAGUCAAAGCUGGCAUACUGAAGGCCUGCCAGUUUCUCUUGGAACAGAGUCUUGGCAACAGCUAUCCAUGGAUCCAGAAGACAUGAAGAGUUUAGACAGUAAUGGUGGUGGUGAAGAGAGAAGUGAAAACAAUUCUUCUAAUUCUGAUAUUGUCCACGUAGAAAAGGAAGAAAUUACUGAAGCUGUUGAGAGGCAGGAAAUGGAGGUAAAGACUAGAGAGUCUACAGCAACAACUGAGUCAGGACCUCAACCUACACAACAGACAAUGUCACUGGAGGGUCGACCUUCUAUUGGAAUGGAGAAAACUGAUCCUUUAUCAAUUCUGGACCCAACAGCAGUCCCUGAUGUAGAGGAAAAAACUCCAAAAGCUGCAGAAAAAAUUGUACCGCAGUCUGGUGAAAUGCAACAGUUGACAUCUCUGCAAGAAGUAAGAAAGCAAUUGGAUGAGAUUAAAAAAGGGGUCCGGGAAGAUGCCCUAAAACCCAAACUGGAAGAGGAAGUUUUUGAAAAGGGGGGAAGAGUUGAAAUGACUCCACUAACUGAGCCAGAAGUUACUAGAGAGAUCAUUCCUGCAAAAACAACCACAUCUGUUUUGCUUUAUGGUGGAGCUGCUGCUUUUGCAAUGCUGGCACUUGCAGUGGGAGUAGCUCUAGCCUUGAGAAGAAGAUUUUAAUGUGAGCAGUUCAUUACUGAUCAGAGUAAUUAAGAAGGCUUUCUAUUUUACAUUUGAUUUGUGACUGUAAUUGAGUAUUUAUUCAGUUGUAUUGCAAAAAAUAUGAUCAAUGAGGUAAACGAUGAUUAAUAAGGGUACAAAUACAGGGCAGUGUUAAAACAAUCAGAAAAUGUUAAUGGCUCAUGGUGUAAAGAAAAUUGUGGAGUAUAAAAUGUUCUUGUAUGCAAUAGAAUCUUUGAUAAUAAAAAUGCUAGUAUAUUUCCAAAUACCUAAAUGUUAAGUCACUGUAUAGGAGAAGGAAAAGAAUGUUCAAUCUUCCUUUCUGGGAACUAAGAUGAGUGUAUUGGUUAACAGAGCCCUUUUAUAUAAUUGGAACUGAUUCUUAUUUACUGCCAUCUUCAUUCUUAAUUGAGCAAAAUUAAUUUCUAAAUUUUUUAAAAAUGUUAGCAUUGGGUAUUGUUUCUAUCAUGAGUCCAUUCAAUUCUACCAUGACCAUUUGUUUCACUCCUGCUUGUAGAUUUUAUUUCUCCAUGUCCCACUUGCAUUUCAGUUUAUUUCUUGGAACAUUUUUCAUUAACAAAUACAGUAAGGACUUCACUGAUGUAACACAUUUUGCAUUAGGUUAAAAGUAAGAUAUAAUGUAGUUGUUAAUUUCUACUGCUACUACAGUUGAUGCCAAAACACCUAACAGUCCAUCAUUUUGGUUUUGUUGAGUUGAAAGCACUAUAUCUAAACUUUUUUCAAACGUGAGUACAGAUGGCUCGCUUGUUUCCAAGUGAGAUGAUAAAAAGAAAAUGAUUUCAGCAGCAACUGCAGGUGUUUUUUUAAGUGCUGGCUUUGCAAUUUGUACUGAAACCAUAAACAAUAAAACAUGGAUUAAUUUGCGGUGUAAAAUUA